AUGUUCGCCUUUGCAACAUGGAUCCCGGUAGUCAUCACCUUCAACUCGUUUGUCGCCGAGUUGACCUGGAUUCAAGGCGCCUCCAUGUAUCCCUUUCUGAACCCCGAGAAGGACCAGACGCUGCAAAGGGACCUCGUGUUGAAUUGGAAGUACAGCCCUCAGGAAGGCUUGGCUCAUGGCAUGAUCGUCACGUUCUGGAGCCCUUCGGACCCGGAGAGGACGGCAGUGAAGAGGAUCGUCGGGCUGGAGGGCGACGUAGUGAGGACUCGGGAGCCAUACCCUGUCCGUACGGUGCAGGUGCCGCCGGGUCACGUCUGGGUCGAAGGAGACGGAGGCACAAGGGACAGUCUUGACAGCAAUACUUAUGGGCCAAUCUCCACAGGAUUGAUCAUUGGAAAGGGGACCGGCCUAUCUGACAAAAGUUGCGCCGGGUCUGAGGGAGAGAGGCUCUUUGUCGGUCAACCUCCCACGACAUCAAACGGCCUACAUUUCCUUCCAGCCAGCGGCCCGCGGCGGCACAUUCAUCUUCAUCUUCUGCCACAAAGGGCCAUGUCCCUGGCCCACCGCAUCGCCAACUACUUCGCCGUGCCCACCGCCGCCACAUCCGACCCAGUCGCUCAUUCUGCUGGCCUGCUCAACGAUGGACCUUAUGAGGAACCGCGCCCCCUGUCGGAUUUCCCUGCUGCUACACGAUCGCUCGACGCAAACAUGACCCCAGACGAAGAGUUGGAGACUCGGCCUCCAAUCCUCCAUUCCAUGCUGGCCGGAGGCUUAGGAGGGACAACAGGAGACAUGCUGAUGCAUUCGCUCGACACCGUCAAGACACGGCAGCAAGGCGAUCCUCACUUCCCUCCGAGGUACACCUCGUUGGGUUCUUCGUAUUACACAAUAUGGCGCCAGGAGGGCAUACGCCGCGGUCUGUACGGCGGAUGGCUGCCCGCCAUGAUGGGAUCUUUCCCCGGCACAGUCCUCUUCUUCGGGACCUACGAAUGGAGUAAGAGGCACAUGCUGGAUUAUGGGAUCCAACCGCACGUGGCGUACUUGACCGCAGGUUUCCUCGGCGAUUUGGCCGCGUCCGUGGUUUACGUCCCAUCAGAGGUCCUGAAGACACGACUACAGCUCCAGGGACGCUACAACAACCCUUUCUUUACGUCAGGCUACAAUUACCGCGGUACAUUCGACGCCGCGAGGACUAUCGUGCGGGUCGAAGGCCCAUCGGCACUCUUCCAUGGCUACAUGGCAACCCUGUACCGGGACCUUCCCUUUUCCGCGCUACAAUUCAUGUUCUACGAACAGUUUCAGGCUUGGGCCAAACAAUGGAAACAAAGCCGGGACAUUGGGGUUCCUCUUGAGCUGCUUACAGGUGCUGCCGGAGGAGGUCUCGCCGGAGCUAUGACAUGCCCCCUCGAUGUGGUUAAGACGCGGUUGCAAACACAGAUCGAGUCUCCGCCAACGCCAGUCAAGUCGAAGGAUCGUGCAGCUGUUGAUGCUAAAGCCGGAGUAAAAGAGGCAGCGACGAAAAGCAUUCCUUCCUCCAAGCAGAGAAGACCUAUUUCGACUUCUUCGCCCUCAACCCAUACACCGCGACCUGGCGCGAUUACACUGGACACAUCCUCCGUCUACCAAGGCUUAAAGUUAAUAUACAAGACGGAGGGUAUUGGCGGUUGGUUUAGAGGUGUUGGUCCACGAUUUGUAUGGACCAGUGUACAAAGCGGGUGCAUGUUGUUCUUGUACCAGAGCAUUCUACGAAAGCUAGAGGUCUGGAUGCCUCUCGGGGAUUCUGAGGCUGCAUUAUAA